AUGGGUAAGGCUGGACAAGAUAUGCUCAGCAUGGAAAUGCAAAGAUCUCAUCUCAAUCAUGGUAUAAGUUCGCUACCAUCUGGUUUGACUCAUCAUGGCAGCACGGUUGGGACACACCAUCACCAUCAUAAUCACACGCAUCAUCUCCAUCGACAGCAUCACAGCAUCAACAAUCAUCUGCACAGCAAUAAUAGCAUUAGCAACAGCAACAAUAACAGUAACACCGCUGGUCAGCAUACCACACAACCCCACCACCAUGUCCAGCAUUUGCAACAACAUUUAGAUAAUAGUUUAAUGCAAAAUAGCUCAAAUGACCACAGUCACACACAACUUACUCAACUGCAGUCAGCUCAGGCUCUAACAUACGAUGUCAAAUCGAAAGUUCACAAAUUAGAUGAAUAUUGCUUGACAAGCAAUGGCAACACGAUUCCUACCAACACAUCGACUGGAUCAACAGCACAGGUGCCUACAAACUUUAUGUCUCAAACAGCGGCAGUCGAAUGGAUUACAGUCAUGAAUGAAAAUCACAAUAAUGCAGAAGAUUCCCGCAGUUCUCAAGGGAGCAUAUCAGGUGAUGGUCAUGGCGGUGUCAAUCAACUGGGUGGAGUUUUUGUCAAUGGCAGACCACUGCCAGAUGUGGUGCGGCAAAGGAUUGUUGAAUUGGCGCACAAUGGUGUGAGGCCCUGUGAUAUAUCACGACAAUUGCGUGUCAGUCAUGGCUGUGUAUCCAAAAUUCUCUCUAGAUAUUAUGAGACUGGUAGCUUUAAGGCUGGCGUUAUUGGUGGAUCAAAGCCAAAAGUUGCCACACCUCCCGUAGUAGAUGCAAUAGCUAAUUAUAAGCGCGAAAACCCCACCAUGUUUGCUUGGGAAAUUCGAGAUAGACUUUUAUCUGAAGGUAUAUGCUCUCAGGACAAUGUACCGAGUGUAUCAUCUAUAAAUCGUAUUGUGCGAAAUAAGGCGGCUGAGAAAGCUAAACAUGUCCAUCAUCAGCAACAGCAAAGCAGCGGGAAUGUGAGUGGUGGUAGUGGAGGGACAAAUAGCGGCGGCGGUAGUAGCAGUAUAACAGAUCAUUUAGAGAACAAUGGCAAUGAACUGGCCGCUAUUAAUAAUAGUAGUAAUAAUAAUAGUAGUAGUAAUAAUAAUAAUAAUGGUAGCAAUAAUACAAAUAUCAGCAAUAGUGUUGGUAGUAGUAAUAACAAUAAUACUAAUAUUAAUAGCAACAAUGCCACCUCUGUAAUAACACAUGCGUCAGCGACAGAUACAGGAUCUACAGCGUCGCCGGCAUCAGCUGCUGCCGUUGCUGCAGCCGCAGCUGCCGCAAUGCAAUUACAGCAGCAACAAAAUAUACUCAGUACAGCGAAUAAUAGCAACAACAACAACACCACCACCUCUACAACUAGCAAUAAUCAGAAUACUACCAAUGGUAUCGGAGAACAUCGAACAGCCGGUUAUAGCAUAAAUGGUAUUCUAGGCAUACAUCAUCCACAACACCACCACCAUCACCACCAUCAUCAUCAGCAACACCAUCCUCAUCAUCAUCCAAAUCAGCAGCAGCAGCAACAACAAAAUUCACCGAUUGCUACAGAUCAUCAUGGCAACAAUAUCAAAAGGAAACGUAUGGAAGAUCCAGUUCUAUUAAUCUCCGAUGAAAAUCGUGAUAUUAAUAUGCAUGUUGAAGAAGACGUGAAAAGACAACGCCUGUCAUACAGUGGUGAUCAGAUUUACUCAAAUAUCUGGUCCGGUAAAUGGUGUAUAAAAGAUGAACAUAAACUACUCUCGGAAUUAGGUACACUGACAACAAAUGGAGGAAGCGUAGCAGCAUACUACGAUAGUCACAAUGGCUUCCAGACUGCCGUGGCAACAGGAACUAAUGAUAGCAUGUUGUAUGACAGCAUCACCACUAUAUCCCAGACUCAGGGCUCUCUGUAUACUCCAUCUAUAGGUGCAUCUAUUGGCGGUUCUAGUACAUUAACGCCCUUAGUUCCUGUCAGUAUGCAAGACAUGAAGGUAGGCUCUAGCCUGCAUGAUCAAGCUAUGUCCCCAUAUUAUACAGCCAUUGCGCUUGAAAAUAACAGCUAUACAGCACUUGGUCACAUUGACAAUAUUGUGAAUAGUAAUAAUAACAACAACAACAACAACACGAACACAAUAGAGCCACAAAUGCAAACUAGCGCUAGCGAGGUGGUAGAUGAUACAACCACGGCUGAAAUAUCGUUGACCAUCUUGGAUACGGAUGAUGGGAAUGUUACAACAGUGGUGCCGACGGUUUUGCGACGUAGCCACAACUCGCGCGGCCCCAACGCUAGUAAUUCGACAACAGCGACCUCGAUUAGUAGCGCGGUAACGUCGACGGCUACUUUGACAGCUUCCGAAACCACACAUAACCUCAGUAAUACUAAUAAUAACAAUAAUAAUAAUAAUUUAAGCAAUAGAUCUCAGAGUCAUAGAAAUAGUAUUCAGCCUCAGCUACAGCAUCUUGAAUCACAUCAAGAUCAAACUCAGACUCAAAAUUCCGCAAAUCCUACCUCACACAUAUUAAUGCCCCCUAAUGGCAUAACGAAUACAAAUAACGCUAAUAUACCACCAUUUGCAUCUACUACCAGUGCUACUGAUAUGACGGGUUAUGCGACAACUACUACAACAAUGUUGCCUAGCUUCAGUCACUAUACUUCAGCUUGUGGAUCUGUGGUACCUACAUCCGACUACACCUAUAGUCCAACAUAUUCUCAAUACGGUAGUGCGUAUGGGUCAUAUAGCUAUGGAUCAGGCGGUGGUAUUUUAAAUUCCUACUAUUACGAGGGUGUACAAAACCAAUCGGUUAAUACUACAGCGCUCAGUCAAGAUAUGCGUUCACCAUUAGCAGCUACCAGAGCCAACUCGUUAGCAUCGGCAGCUUCACCUACCGGUAGUGCAUGUACAAAAUCGGAGACGUCUGAUAUUUUUCUCGUCUAGUGAUUUUUACGUCAACUACGACAAUCCUCCUCUAGCACCAAAAUAUCCAUGUAAUAAACAAAUACUAGUACUUCAGUUGCAC